GCAAAGCAGGGUUAGCCAUGGUGUUGAGGCUGUGAAGCUAACUUCUGUCGAUGAAGUGAGUAACAAUGCCUACUGUGGAGUUUUGUUGUUGGUCGUAAAGUCACUGAACUAUACCAAACUGAUAGAAGCUUGUUUGGUCUCUUCGCUGCUAUAUCUCGCUAACAUCGAUGUUAGCAAUUAGCCUGUUCGUGUAAAUGCUAUUCACUAGAAUGGACCUGUUGAACUCUCAGUUCCUGGACAAGAUGAACAAUAACAUCGGGAGACUGCACUACGAUGAUGAGUCCAGGACGCCCUCCCUGCCUACUGCUAUGUCCAACAUAACUGGGCCUCCUCCACACUGUCCAAGCAAACGGAAAUAUGGUGAAGAACAAAUGGACGACCGAAUCAAUUGUGAUGAUGACCACAUGACCAAAAUGAGCAGAUUGUUUGCCACUCAGCUGGCCCGUCCCUCUGCUGGAGACAACCGUAAUGACCACUGGAGUCACAGUCCUGUGGAGCACAUUACUUCCUCUUCUAAUGGUCUCCAUGGGACUCACCUGUAUGCUUCCAUUUCUGGCUGUGCUGUAGACCAGCCUCUGUCUCUGACCAAAAGCAGCCACGACAUUGGAGUCGGGGCCAGGGAGAGGUCUGUCAUGAGUGGGACUAUAGAGCGGCAGCAGAAUCGUCCCUCGGUUAUUACCUGUGCUCCAGCGAGCAACCGCAAUUGUAACCUCUCUCACUGCCACAUGAAUGGCUGUUCUCCCAGCCCACCUGCUGAUCAGCGGAAGACCAAUGCUAACACAGUAUGCGAUCCUGUGAUUGAGGAGCACUUCCGCCGCAGCCUCGGAAAAAACUACAAAGAAGCAGAGCCCGUGUCCAACUCGGUGUCCAUCACAGGUUCAGUGGAUGACCACUUUGCCAAGGCUUUAGGAGAUGCCUGGCUCCAAAUCAAGGCCAAGGGUGGGGGUCAUCAGACCCCAGAUGCAGAUCCAUGAAACAGAGGGGGGUAAACAUUACAGUCACCUUCUUAGUGUUUGCUUCUUGCCAAGUAUAAACUUCCCUUAGCCAAGAACAAUGUAAGACAUACAAUAUGGUGCUCACCCAGGCUGUUCACUUAUGAACAUUGAGGUCAACCUUUUAAUAGAACACUCAGCUCAGAUUUGACUCUAAAAUUGGGAAACACUCUCAAUUUAAGAUGAGAAGAUAAAUAUUGCAUAGUUGGAUUGACAUUGUUGGUUGUGGAAAUUGUACAAUCAGAUUUGAUUUUGUAUCGAUAAUGACUUUCACAAAGCGGUUGGUUGUUAGCUCAUGUUCUAUUUUACCUGCCUUUCACUUGCCUUGAUAGCCAAAGAAAUCCCUUGCCUUUUCCAUCAACAUAUAAGCCAUAGAUCUAGUCUUCAUUGUUUCCACCCUAAAAUCACACUGCUUUUGAAUCUAUAUUACUUGAAAAGGACAGCCGGGUCUCAUUUGCACUAUUACGUUUCUGACCGUUGAGGUAGCAGGUUACCUGUUUCAGUUGGAACUAGCGUGUUCGAGAAUGCGUCUUGUGUUUUGAAAUUGUGAUAAUGCAAUUAAGGCUCUGGUCCCCCUGCUUUCUGAAGACACUAGACACUAGACUAAUCUGUCUUCUUUAUGAUCCUGAACUGGACUUAUCCACUGUUAACUAAAUAAUUUUAGUUUCCUGUCUAUAUGCUCACUGUGGCUGAUUACUUAGUAAACUAAUAUCAAUCGUAGUACAUAUCUCUAACUAGAAAGCAUGUUUCAAAUAGCUGGUUUCUAUUACAAUCCUUAUUCUAUACUAUAUAUUUACUCAGAAUUUAUUUUUUAUCUGUAACAAUUUAGAAAUACUCACUGCUGGUACAGUUGUACUCAAUAUAUUUUUUGUAUCUGGUUUUCAUUACUAUAUGUAGGUUUCUAUCUCAGCAUCCAUCUACAAAUCACAGCCUCUGGCAAGGUUGUCUGAAUGCAGUUUAAUAGGCUUGAUUACUUUGUUAUUCUGUGGAGCUGGAUGCUUUAUACAUGACUGAAUACAGAUAAAUCCGACCUUCUGUAGCACAGUCUAUUAGCAGUGGCUUUAUUUAUUCUCAACAUGUUGAUACUUUCAUGUUGACUUUUUGGAAAAAAUGUGGUGACAACAGAAUUCUUACUUUAAUUUGUUGAGAACAAAAAGAGGACGUCUCAGUUGCUUCAGUGACAAAAUCGGUUUCCCUCAGAGCUAAGAUUUUAAUGCAGAUGCAGUAUGGGUGUCCUUAAUUCACGAGUAGGCAUCAACAUUCCACCAUGACUGCCUGACAUCUAUCAGUCACUUCAGUUGUGUUUAGCGAAUACUGUUACAGAUAUGUUUGUCUUUAUUUGAUUAAGAGGAUGUUGUGGUGUGAGUUGCAAAAAUCUGCCUUAUUAUGGAGAAGAGGUCUAAGUGAGCCACAGAGUUUUUUUUUUUUUUUUUUUUGUAGAGGCAGUUGAGUUUUGUUUAAAUUAAUUUCGCACCCUUCUGAAAUUCUCUACUUAUAGAAACAUGACCUAUUUGUCGACACUGAUUAAGACUGUAAAUUCAGAUUUUUUUUAAUGUCAAAUAACUGUCUGUGAAAACUUAUGCAUUUGUAUUAAUAUUCUGCAGUUUCAAAAUUGUUACAUACACUAUCUUGUCUUUAUAUUUUAUUUUACUCAUGUAAGACUAUCAUUGCGCCGCGCGGAAUGAUCAUAGAUAUUUUGUUUUCUAUUCAGAAUAGAGUACUCAUGUAGCAUGGAUAUUCAUUAUCUUUUAACCAUGCAUUCUAUCUUUCUAAAAGCUGAUUAUUUUCCCACAGUUAUCAGACGAUAAAAAAAGUGCAGGAACACAAUAAUCUUUUGAGCAAAGACUUGGUGCAGUGUCAGAAAGACUUCUACUCUAACGGUUUAAAGAGUUUGUGUCUGUGUGUACCAUAGUGGAAUUUAGGGAUUAUCAUGGGAUCUGCUUGUUUGACACAAGUAGAUUUUUAGCAAUAUGUUUGGGGUAUUAAUCCAUUGUUAUUUAAAUUGCUAUGUUUAGACUACCUGUAUCUCAAAGACUGUUAGCAGAAAGGACCUGCUCCAGGUGUCAUCUGCAUGGAAAACAUAUGUUCACUUUUGUCCUUAUUUCUCUGGAAGAAAAUGCCACUGUUUGUACUUAAUUUCUUCCAAAUAAACUUGCAAACGCAGA